AUGACACCUUAUUCAACAAUUACAAAUACAAUAUCUUAUAAAAACAAUGUAAAUGUACAACAACAACAACAACAAAGCAAAUCUGUAAAAUUAUGUAAACAACAUUUAAUAUGGCCAAUAUGUUCAUUAAGAAUGUCUACACAAAUUAUUAUAUUAUCAAUGGAAAUGAUUAAUAUAAUAGGUUGUUUUGAUUUAAUAAGAUUAAUCUAUUUAUCAAUAACUGGUAAUGAUUUACGUUUAUUAACAAAUGAUUGGUUAUGUAGAAUACAAAUAUUUUUAUCAUUUAUAAGUUGUGAUAUAUCUGGUUGGCAUUUUGUAUGUUUAUGCAUUGAACGUUGUUAUAUAACAUUAUAUCCUAAAAAAUUAUAUAGUAUGAAUCAUGAUUCUAUAGGACCAGCAUUAUUAAUGAUUAUCAUUGUUUAUAUAAUAAGUAUAUUAUCAAAUAUAUUUUUAUUAAUUACAAAACAACCAAUAUGUUCUGGUAUAUUUAGAAAUAAUUUCAUUAAUAUAAUAAAAUUUUCAAUUACAUUUAUUAUACCAGUAUUAAUUGUUACUAUAUCAACUAUUAUUAUGAUUAUUGUAUUAAUUAAAUGGAAAUUAAAUAAUAAUAAAUUUGACAUAAAAACAUUCUCUUAUCAUAAUCAUUCAAUAACAAUUAAUAAAACAAUCAAUAAUUCAAUGAAUAAAAAACAAACAUCAAAUCAAUCAUUAAUAUAUAGAAAUUCAAUAAAAAAUCAAUUAAAACAUAAAAAUUUAAUUCAUUAUUCAAAUAGAAAACAAUCAAUAUUUAUAAAAUUAAUUAUAUAUAAUACAUCAGCUAGAAUAACUGUAGCUAAAAUGAUGUUAAUUUGUGCUAUUUUAUAUUUAAUUAAUUUAUUAUCAUUAUUUUUAUUUGGUUCAAUUUAUGAUGAUUAUUGUUGUUUUUUAAUAGCAAAAAUUAAUAAUCAUUGGAAUGAUAAUUUAUUUAAUUUAAUGUCUAUAUUAUAUUGGUUUAUACAAUCAAUAACUAGUUAUGUAUUAAUGUUAGGUGCUAUUAGUAUAAGACAUGAUAUACAAAUUAUGAUAAAGUAUAUAUGGUAUAAUAUUUUUAAGAGAAAUGAAUAA